AUGGGAAAAUAUUUGGUUUUUUUGUUUUUUUUCCUCUUUUCCUUUGAUUCUAUAAAUUCAUCGAUUUCUCCUUUCUUCAAAACAUUUCAUCUCCAAAUUGUAAAUCGGCUUGAGUUUCACAAGAAACUUAAAAUUCAGUGCGAGAGUGACAGUUUUCAGAGUUAUCGUCUUCCAACUACCUAUAUUAACAUAGGCGAGAGUUAUCAACUUAAAUUUAUAAUUCUUCCAAAUGUUAUGUAUCGAUGUAGCUUAUGGCAGGGACCAAAUUAUAAACAUAAUGUGUAUUUUAAAGCUUUCAUUCCGAGCCAAAGUUUUAUAGAUGAUACAUGUAAUGGAAUGAACCCGAAUGUGUGUAUGUGGAUUGCAAAAGAACGAGGAGUUUAUGUCCGCCACGACAAAUUUCUAAGAGAGUAUUUCAGGUAUGGAUGGGAUACUCCAACAGAACAAAGAGAAAUCGCUCCGGUCAGUGCACUUACAAGUGAAUCAUAAUUUGAUUCAUAAGUCUAAUAAAAUUCUGAAAACUAUUUUAAAUAGUUAUGUGCAAUCUUGUAUUGUUGGAUCAUGUUGAAGAGAAUAAUAAUAAAGUUUUAGAUUAUGAGCUUUAACUUCAA